AUGGUCGCCAAUGAUACUGCUGACGACUACCCCGUCGAUAGCAAAGUGAUUCUCGACACUGCGGAAAGCGACAACAACAGCGACACGGCAGCCAGCACAUCCGGUACCAAAACAAGAUAUGGCACGACCUUCAUAUCUUCAGACAUCGGAAAAGACCGAAACAGGCCCGUCGAUUCCUACGAAGGCAUCCAUCGAUACGAUCCGGACUUCGUCUGGGACAAGCCGGAAGAAAAGCGUCUCGUGCGCAAGAUCGACAAGCGCAUUUGCACCUGGGCCUGCCUAAUGUUCUUCGCCCUCCAACUCGACCGAGGCAACAUAUCGCAAGCCCUGAGCGACAACAUGCUCGACGACCUCGGCAUGAACACCAACGACUACAACUACGGGCAGACCAUCUUCUACCUCUGCUUCCUAUGCGCUGAACUACCCUCGCAACUCAUCAGCAAGAAGCUUGGACCCGAUAACUGGAUUCCCGUUCAGAUGGUCAGCUGGAGUCUCGUGGCCAGCUUUCAAGCUUUCCUGAGUGGACGUAGUUCGUUCUUUGCUUGCCGCGCGCUGCUGGGGUUGGUUGAGGGUGGGUUUAUUCCUGAUAAUAUUCUUUACCUGAGUUACUUCUACACUGGGUGGGAGUUACCUGGGCGGUUGAGUUGGUUCUGGGUGAGCUACCAGUCUACUCAGAUUGUCUCUGCCUUCUUCGCCUUUGGGAUCUUGCGUCUGCGCGGACACAAUGGCAUGGAGGGAUGGCGUUGGCUAUUCGCUCUCGAGGGUAUGUUGACAGGCUGCAUCGGUAUUGCAUCUUGGUUUUACUUGCCACCCAGUCCGACACAGACUGCGAGUAAGGCGUGGAAUCCGUUCCGUGGAAAAGACGGAUGGUUCAAUGAGAGAGAAGAGAAGAUCAUGGUCAACCGCAUACUGAGGGAUGACCCUAGCAAAGGCGACAUGCACAACAGACAAGGUCUAAGCUUCCGCAUGCUGUGGGACUGUCUCAGGGACUAUCACAUGUGGCCAAUCUACCUACUCGGCUUAUCAUGGACAAUACCAACCACACCUUCAACAGCAUAUCUCACGCUCCAACUCCGCUCCCUCGGCUUCGGCACCUUCGAAACCAAUCUCCUCACCAUCCCCGCAUACGUCCUCUUCAUCCUACAACUCCUCUUCUGGACCUACAUAUCCGAGCGCUUCAACCAACGCUUCGUCGUCGGCCUGAUAUCGCAGAUCUGGGCCUUACCCCUACUCAUCGCGCUGGAACUCCUCCCUGCAACCGCGUCGCCCUGGUCACGCUGGGUCCUCUCAACCCUCCUCGUCGGACACCCAUAUAUCCACGCUAUCCUCGUCGCCAUCACAUCGCGCAACGCUGGUGCAGUGCGCACGCGCACGGUGGCGAGUGCGCUGUACAAUAUGUGUGUCCAGGCGAGUAGUAUUAUCAGUCAGAAUAUUUAUCGAGACGACGAUAAGCCGCUUUAUCGGAGGGGGAAUAAGGUCCUACUUGCGAUUUGUGCGUAUAAUUUUGUGCUGUUUGUUGGGGCGAAGGUGUAUUAUGUGAAUGUUAAUAGGAAGAGGGAUGGGGUUUGGGAGGGUAUGACAAGGGAGGAGAAGGAGAUGUAUUUGGAGACUACGGAGGAUGAGGGGAAUAGGCGGUUGGACUUUCGGUUUGCGCAUUGA